GCUCUGUCCGUCGUCGUCUAUAUAGCUAGCCUCCGUCGCCUCGCCUCGCCUCGCCUUCCUCCUCUCCCAUCCUUUCUCAUACGUAGCUUCCUUCCAUCCGCCCUCUCCCUCUCCUCUUCAAUUGGGCGCACCAGCGGUUCUUGCGAAGCUGUUCGACCGAGGCGAGAUGGAGGACAAGCGGAAGGCCGUCGCCAACAAUGAAGAGCGAAGGCAGCGCCAGCGGCGUGAGCGUGAGGCGGAAGCCGUGGAAGACACUGCGACUUCAGGGCGGACGCCGACUGCAGGCGGCAACGGGACUUCGCAGGAGCUUCCACGGGUGACGGCGGCGACUACGCCCGCUCUACGCCCCCCACCCGUCGCCUCUUCCCAGUUCGCAGACAACGGGCGUCCGCAGCACGCGCAGAUCGGCAACGCCGGUGCGCCUCAGGGUCACGGCAGUACUGUCAUUGAUCAGCAGCGCCUCCGCGACCAGCCUUCUUCUUCACGGGCAAGAGCACCAGGAUGCACUUGUUGCGGCGGAGCGCCCACCACGCGGGUUGUUCUCAACCUGCCCGUGUGCGAGGCUUGCUACAGGCGGUUUUUUCACGCCGGUGCGCCUCAGCAGCACGCGCAGAUCGGCUACGCCGGUGCGCCUCGGGGAGCAGUGCGCAAUCCAGUGGCAGUCCCUACCCGUGAGCAGCAGUUCUUGGCUAACAUGGAUGCGCCGCCGAGGCCUUUUUCCAUGUUUCCCUUCCGGUGGGGCCCGGCGAACCCCGCACUGGAGCGGCAGUCUUCUUCACCAGCCCGCAAUGGGCCUCCGCAGCAGGCGCAGAUCAGGCCUCCACCCCUCCACACCUUGGCACCGCCACCGGAGCGGCAGUCUUCUUCACGGGCAAGGGAGCAGCAGCUCCAGGCCCAGGCUGAUGCGAUGAGGCUGCAGGUGGCCAAUAUUCUGAACAACCCUUUCUCGCUCGUCCGGUCGGGCCCGGCGAACCCAGCGCCUCAGCGGCAGUCUUCUUCACCAGGAUGCUACAGCAAUAUCUUCACCGGCAACGGGCCCUUGUUCAGCAGCGCCGGUGCACGUGCACCCCAGGCUCAGGGUCACGGUACUGCCAUUGAUCAGCAGCGCCAGCUCGACCUCCUCCGCGGCCAGCCUUCUUCUUCACAGGCAAGGGCACCAGGAUGCUCUUCUUGCGGAGCGCGCGCCACGCGGGUUGCUCUCAAGAUGCCCUUUUGCGACGCUUGCUUCAGGGAUACAUUCAUGGCCAACGCGCCUCCUCCUCAGCACACGCGGAUCGGCUCCAUGCUUCCGAGUCCAGUCCCCAGCUACAACUACGCGCAGACCGGCACCGUGCGUCCGCAGCACACGCUGGCCGGCAAUGUGUCUUCGAGUCCAGUCCCCACUCCCAGCAACGUGCAUCCGGAGCUCCCAGCAACGCCGUCGCCGAGUUCAGUUCCCACUCCCAGCAACGCCGGCGCGCCUCAGGGUCAGCAGCAGCACCGGGAUUCGGUGGUGGAACUGCUGGCGGCGACCGAGCCUUCUCCUCCGGCGGGUUCUCAGCGUGCCGCCUAUUCGAGGUGCGAGGCUUGCCGCUUGUCCGGCGAUAAGGCGUGCAUGUUUUGCCACAACCCCGGCCCACCGCCGCCACCGCCAGGGCAGAGCUAGCUAGCUCACCUCGCCGCUGUGAGUGGAGAAUGAUUCCUCUGAUGUGGCCAAAUUAAAUGUGGCAAUGCUUGAGUGGAUGAUGAAACUAUAUACUUGUAGGACUUGUUUCCUUGUUUAUUUGCUCACUCAGUGGAUCUUUUCUGACGCUCA